AAAAUGUUCGCGGGAAAAUAAAAUAGAAAGGUCGAGGCUUCUUUCAUUUCCUAAAUUUCAGUCACAAAGUGAAAUGAAAAUGCUGAAAAAAUAGACAUUUUAUAUUUUCUUUGUGCUUAGUUUGACCUCUUAGAUUUUUCAACAUCUUCGUUACCAAUGGAAGAUAAUGAACUGGAAGAGCUUGUAAAUGUCAUGUGUGAAGAUAGUGAUGAUGAAUUUAUUGAUGAACAUUUGGUUAAUGGCAAAGAUCGUCUAGGAGUACCAAAUGAAGAUGAUGAGUUGCAUCAGCUUGCAAAGCUCAUGGAUGAAGACAGUGAUGAGGAAUUCAUUGAUCAAUUACCUGACAUGGCUGAAUAUGAAAAGUUUAUCAUUGAAAAAGGUGCAGAUGAAAAGCAUGAUGAAAAUGUUCCUGUUGCUUUACCAACUGAAAACAUUUCCCGAAAAAUGUCAGAGAUGGAAAAAUAUAUCAAGUUUCUUGAAGAACAGUUGAAAUCAAAGAAUCAAGAGAUAAAUAAUUCACCUAAAAACAAAGUCGAUAGUGAAAAUCCACGUGACCUAAGGAAACUCAAUGCACCCGAAACCUCUGGUUGCAACCACUCUGAAAAUAAGACAGUCAAGGAGAAAUUUUUUGAAAAGAAAGAUACAGAAAGAGCACCAAGUAUCUCAGACUCUAGCCUCGAUAUGAGUUUAACUAGAAAACCAAGAGUUGCUCAUGCAGCUGCACGAUUAAAAACGUCCGGAACAAAACGUAAAGCUGACGACGCAGCAUGCAAUCCUUCCUUGGCAAAGAAACCAAGUCCAGAUGAUAAUGGUGUGACGGAUGGAUACUCAGGAUUAAGGAUUUUGAAUCCUCUGAUAUCCUCUACUGUAAUGAAAAGAAGAACGGAGGGAAGGAAAAUCAUCAAAAUUUCAUCAAUUCAAUCCAAGAUUGUCAAUAAUGACAUUGAGGGUGACUGGAUUACAAUUGGUGUGGUCAUUCAAAAAUUUCCUAAAACCACUUCAAAGGGAGAAACCUACAGUGUAUGGAAGCUGUCUGAUCUGGCCUUCCAUCUUCAAACUUCCAUCAUAGUAUUGUUUCUCUUUGGAGAGAAUCAUAAACAACAUUGGAAGACGGCGGAAGGAAGUGUUGUGGCCCUUCUGAAUCCCUCUUUACUCCCAUCAAGAGAGAAGAAAUCAAGCGAUGUUGCUUUGACGCUUGAUAAUCCAAAGAAAAUCAUGUUACUGGGGAUUUCGCAAGACUUUGGCGUUUGUAAGUCAAGUAGGAAAUCAGAUGGGAAGAGGUGCUCCAAUUUUAUAAACAAAUCGCAAGGUGAUUAUUGCCAAUAUCACGUACAGCGCGAAUACAAAAAACGGCGAUCACAUAGAAUGGAAUGUCAGCAAGGCUAUGGUGCGCCGUCUACUCUUCCAGGAAGUAAAACUAAGAAAAAAGUUGCUGGCGAGUCAUAUUUGUACGGAGAUAGAAUUGUGUCGACAAAUGCAACCGGUCGUUCUUUAAAGGAAAAAGUCACUUUGAAGUCACUUAACGCUAGCAGUGAGGGAAAGGACUACCUGUUUUCUUGGAAGAAAAGACAGAAUUUAAUAAAAGCUGCAGCGGGAAAAUCAUCUGCAGAAAACGAAGACAAAGGUGGCCCUUCCUCAGAAUUUCUCAACUUGUUAAACGUUCCUUCUAUUGGAUCGAGAAAUCUCAAGCUUCAUCUUCAUAAAGAAGAUGAGCAAGAAAAAGAGGCGAACGAGCCUAGGCGAUCAAUGUCAGUCUCCCAAUUUCUCAAGGCCAACAAUACUCGAAGCCGGACGACCAAUUCCACUAGUGAUUUGUCGUCUGAUAAAAAAUCCGUUACAAUGCCUGUCCUGGGACGAGGUUUAACUUCAAACGGGGAUUUGGUUUUCGAUGAGAAUAUCCCUUUGAGUAUAUUUCCAAAAGUAUCCAACGACCCUGAUAGAGCGAAGGAACGUGCGAGGUCAUUGAUACGCAGGAUUGGGCCGAUCGCGGCAAAUAAUCCAAAUGACAUAAAGGUGAAAAAGCCAUCGCCAAAACUUCAAACUAUCAUAAACAGAAAAUUGGACUCUGAGUUGACCGGUGGCGACCAAUCAGUUCCCAAAUGUGGAGGAAAAUUUUCUUUGGCUGAUGGUUUCAGCUUAAAUUCAAACGAAGGAAGAAGAAUUCUGAAUGCCAAAUCGAAACAUGCUGGCGAAGUGAGACUUGCUGACGUUCGACGUGAACAGGAUUAUUUCAACCAUCGUGAAAGGAAAGAAGAAAUGGAAACGAAAAUGCUCCUCACCCAAGAAAUCAAAGUGAAAGCUGUUCAUUGUGCUCAGUGUAAAUACAUGGCGGAGAAGCCAGCUUCAAAAUGUAAUGAAGAAAAGCACGUCCUUACUUCUGUGCAAGUUUUCAAGAAGUUUUUCGCAUGCAAAGACUGUAAGCAGCGUACUGUUACAUAUGGUCAGCGGUAUCCCACUCGAGAUUGCAGACAAUGUGGCGGUAAGAAUUGGGAAAAGUGUGGAAUGUGGAAGGAGAGAAACGGUCCAAAGAUCGGACGCGAUACUUUGAUGUUACGAGGACCGGAAUAUGCUAAGUUCUUAAAUUCUUUAGCAACACCCCAAACCAAUGGUGUUGUACCGAAAUAUAUUUAAUGCAAACUCAAAUAAAUAACGUGGUUGUGGGCUCUAAGGAAAUUCUAUUUGCGCAAUAGUUUUUAUGUCAGUUAUUUUUCGAUGCAGUGAAAAUCGUUUCCUGGCGAUUUGGAGUUGUGUUCUCAAUAAAGACCAAAUAAAACCGA